CUUACGUAAGAUAUGUAGUCUUUUUGACGUACUUUCUACCUAUGUAGCUUCUAUAUCAGGUACGGAAACAUACAAACAUACAAAGAAUCACUUCGAAUUUAUCGCCCCAGCUAAGGUAAUUCACACCCGUUGGCAGGCAGUUUAAUUGCAUCGAUUAUCACCACCUUGUACCGUCUGUUUUUUUCUUUUUCCAACUUCAAUCGACCUACCACACCACGCGCGACGAUACCGCAAUCUCAUGGUCUAAACUAAAGAAAAGAGCCCUUUGGGCGAGAAUUACAAUUUAUCUAUCACCGACUGGUUUUAGUUUCAAGCCGAUUUCGUUGCCUACGAUGACGGAUUUCUUACCCGACCUUACCGAAUUCCCCAACGCCGCUCAGCGACGGAAGCAAUCCGUUACGAAGCCUGAUGCUAUGGCGGAGAAUUCCACGUCGGGAGUUAAACCUUUGACCAACGACUCGAUCGAUCCCGAUACCUGUCGGAUUUGUCGAGGAGAGGGCACCACCGACGAGCCUCUCUUUUACCCUUGUAAAUGCAGCGGCAGUAUCAAAUAUGUACAUCAGGAUUGCUUGAUGGAAUGGCUCUCACAUUCGCAAAAGAAGCAUUGCGAGCUUUGCAAGACGCCAUUCCGCUUCACCAAGCUAUACUCCCCGAAUAUGCCCAAGCGACUACCUCUGUACAUCUUCGUCACCCAUAUGGCCAAAUAUUUCUUCCGCAACGUUCUUGUCUGGUUAAGAGCCAUCCUGGUCACUAGCGUGUGGUUUGGCUGGCUUCCCUAUCUCAUGCGUUCCGUCUGGUCCUUUCUAUUCUGGAUCAGCGAUGAGGGUUUCGGUCCUAGCCCACCUAUCCUCGAUUCUCGGAAUGCCAGUUCAGUAGGCCGAGGCGAUCUGUCUUCUCUUUCCGUCACGGGCACGACUACAUGCGCAUCCACACCCUUGCUACCCGCUACGACGACCGCUGCGAGUAUUGGAGGUAUCAUCGACCAGAUUCCUGUGUCCAAUUUGCUGAGAGCCAUCUCGAGACCUUUGAACGCAAGCCCUCCAACUUGGCUCACUACACUAUUGGGCUUGUCCGCUACCACAGACAAGUCAAUGUACGGAACUAAGGAUUUCCUGAACGUGACAAAUGUCGAUCAGUUUUCUAUCUCGCCUGCCGCUUAUCGCCCAUCAUCUUUAUUGAGCGAAGUUGCCGUCCUCAAACACUUCACGCGACACCCUGCCAUCAACCGGACCAUCAUCGCUGUUCUAGAGGGUCAGAUUAUAACUUUGCUGGUCAUCGUAUGUUUUAUCCUGAUCAUCUUAGUCCGAGAUUACGUGGUGCAGCAGCAACCUGAAAUAAACAUGCGCGCUGCUUUCGCCGCAGCAGAAAACGAGGCUCCUCUGCCGCCCGGACCCGUGAACAAUCCGGCACCGCGCAACUUGGGUCCAGAUGACGACGAGGGCGUGGACUCUGAUGAAGACUCCACUGCAGAACGGGAUGGGCCGAUAGCUGACAAUGAUACUCAAGACUUGGAUCCUAAUCGAGCAGGUCACCUGCAAGAUAUUGUCGAUAUACAGAACCCUCGUCAUAGACCUAUUGCCGAAUUCCGGCGGCGAGCGCCACGGUUUGAUACCAAUGGCAGACAGGAAGAUCAGCAAGAAGACCGCGGUCGUGCCGAGUCUAUCGUACACAAUGCAGGGCUCGAGGAGCAGAGCAACCAGUUUCAGGCUGGCCCAGCCGAGCAUAAAAACAGCGAACGGACUCUCUCGGACAUUCUCGAUGGUGAGGGCAGUUCGCAGGGUACGGUGAAGGAGUAUCUACGGAUCUAUAGAGAAGCCGGCGGAGACCAGGGAAGAAUCCUCCAAAUCAUUCGAGAGGAAGGACUGGAAGAACGUAUGCGAUACUGGAUCCGCGUAACGCAAUCGAUGGCAACUGCUGGUAGGGCUGCUGACGGAAGCAGUCUCGAUCUGGGGAACGGUAUUGGAAGCUCAAUUCUAACUCACCAGGAACGGCGCUCAAGUCGGUCCCCUACAAAGUCGGACUCGCCCAGAGCUGACGCGACUAGUAGCGAUAACUCGAGUUGGACGUGGGCGGAAAACGACGACGGCGAUGCCAUAGCGAGCCAGGGUCCCCACGAUAAAGGAAAAGGCAAAAUUACUGAGACUUCCGGAAAUGGCAGUGAUUCCUGGACAGAUCCCUGGGCGUCUUGGGGAGGCGAAUUUGGCGAAAAUGCGUCGUCUUCAGACAUACCGCCCUUAACUAGGCCAAGAUCAGCUUCCGACGGUCCUCAGGCCCCCAAACCUAUCAAUAGGCUUGCAAAUAAUAACUGGUCGUUUUCCGAUCUACCUUCUGGCCCGUCGAAUGGUUCUCAUGAGAAUGUGUCUGGCCCCGGCGAUUCAGCCUCACCUCCACCAGUAUAUUUAGGUGUGAAUAGCGAUAUCCACCGAACGGGGUUGUCACAACCAAGUAGACCCGUUCACGACGGUACCGCUGUUGACCAAUCACAACGUUUUGAACAGACGACCGUACCUCUCCAACCAGGAUUCAACACGCCGGCGACUGUGGAAGACAGGAUGGUUGAUGAAAUCAGCUUACAGAAUCCUACGGGAGACGGCCACGCCGAUGACUCCACUGCCUUGGUCGAACCGGCUCAUGGUAACGAGCCUGCUGUCGUUGCGGCGAGACAGGCCGGUAGCAUUGUGGAUCGUGUAGCCGAUUUCAUGUGGGGCGACGUAGAGGCUGGCCAUUUGGAUGAAAUUGAACCAGAAGAAGCUGUGGAUAUUUUCGGUGUGAAUCAGAACGCGCCAUUCUUCGACAACGAUCGUGGGAUUGAGGGAGAAGGUGAAGAUGAGAUUGAGAUGGCCCCAGAUGUCGUCGAAGCUGCCGUUGCUGCUGGUAUCGAUCCAGAAGCCGUCGAAGAUGCCGAAGAUUUCGAAGGAAUCAUGGAAUUAAUUGGUAUGCGCGGCCCGAUCGCAGGCCUGUUCCAAAACGCCAUCUUCUGCGCCUUUCUCGUAUCUAUUUCUAUCUUUGCGUGCGUAUUUGUUCCAUAUAACUUCGGUCGCGUAUCUGUUUGGGUCGUCGCGCAUCCGACUCGUCUGCUCAGAAUCAUUUUCAGCGCGUCCAAGUUUGUUCAAGACGCCGUCCUGCUGGCUGUCGGUUAUACCUCGACGAUUGUAUUCACCCUCCUCGAAGCAUUUACUGUACUUCUAGGAAUCGAUCAGGGAGAACAACUGAUACAUGACCUCAGAAUUGAGACUAGACACGUUGCCAUCAGAGCGCUAAAGCGGGUUCUCGCUAGUUUCAUGUCUGAGAUUCCGCUCAUCUCAGUUAGCGAGGUGCGUAACUUCUCUGCCGUCAGCCAUGAGGCCCUUAUCAUAAUAAAAAGCGAGAUCCGGUACGCUCUCUCAUCUGUCGGGCAUGUCAUUCUGUAUAUUUUUGGCGGCGACUACGUUGCCAAGUUGGCUACGGCCAAGUCUAUAAUUUCCGUUCUGGUACCGGCAACAUUACAAUCCCUGAAAGCUCUCCCCACCAUCGUAACGCAGCCAGGGUCGUGGAUGUUGAAUCUUAGUCUUUCCGAACCGUCAUCGUCUACAAAUCCCGUUCUUGCUUAUUGGGACGCGAGCGACAGGACAUGGGCUAUUCUUGCUGGAUAUGUCUCUAUGUCAGUCAUAGCCGGGUUCUAUCUCGCCAGAGGGACACCGUUUUGUACAGGGCAAGCCGCUCAAGAAUGGGAAGCAUCCAUUAUCGACCUCCUAAAUCAAGCCGGCGGCGUCAUGAAGGUGAUCUUGAUCAUCAGUAUAGAAAUGCUGAUAUUCCCAUUGUACUGCGGAUUGCUGUUAGACUUCGCGUUACUCCCCCUCUUCGAAGGCACGAGCCUCAGAUCUCGUCUUUUAUUUACCUACAAUUAUCCGCUCACUUCCAUUUUCGUCCACUGGUUCGUCGGCACCGCAUACAUGUUUCAUUUCGCUCUCUUCGUUUCUAUGUGCCGCAAGAUUAUGCGAAAAGGUGUUCUAUACUUCAUCCGCGAUCCGGACGAUCCGGAGUUUCAUCCGGUGCGCGACGUCCUCGAGCGCAAUGUUACAACCCAGCUCCGCAAGAUACUAUUUUCGGCUUUCGUUUAUGGAGCGUUAGUCGUAGUUUGUCUCGGGGGUGUCGUGUGGGGCUUAUCCCUAACUUUGCCCAACGUCCUUCCGAUCCAUUACUCUUCUAACGAGCCGGUCCUUGAAUUCCCGAUCGACCUGCUCUUUUACAACUUCCUAAUGCCUCUCGCCGUCAAGUUCUUCAGGCCGAGCGACGGGCUUCACGCCAUGUAUACCUGGUGGUUCCGAAAGUGCGCCAGAGCCCUACGGCUGACAUGGUUCCUCUUCGGCGAGCGACGCAUAGACGAGGAGGGUACGUUAGUGCUUCCCGGAAGCUCGCCUUAUCGAAAACUUCCCUGGUGGCGUCGGAUCUUCCUCGAAGUCAAUGCCGAAACUGAAGUGGUCCCGAAAACGUGGCAAGACACAUUCAAAGGAGGAAGGGCGAAACCUUCUUCGGAAAUUCCCGCCGAGGAGAUGAGUGCGCACAACGAAAGGAAGGGGAAGCUUGUCAACUCGGGACAACUCAUCCCCGACGGCCGCUUUGUGAGAUCGCCAGCGUCUGAUCAGGUCAAAAUCCCCAAGGGCCAGUCAGUUUUCCUUGACGUAUCAGAAGAGGAUAAGAGGGAAGACGGCAAGCCAGAUCGCCCGGAUACAGACCUCUACUCGGGAACUCAUUACCAAUUUGUUUACGUCCCUCCCUAUUUUCGCAGCCGUAUCUUCCUAUUCAUCCUAUCCAUAUGGAUUUUCGCAGCUGUUACUGGAGUCGGCUUCACGAUUGUACCUCUCGUGUUUGGCCGGCGCAUGUUUAAGGUUCUUAUACCUUCUCACAUACGGACUAACGAUAUCUACGCGUUUAGUAUUGGAGUCUACAUUCUCGGCUCACUGGGCUACUUUGUCUUUCACCUACGGUCAAUGCUCAACAAACUAAGAAUUUUGACAUCCUCUGUGCUGGAUUCGAUGCUCGACCGUCAGACAAUCCAGCACGCUAUCCAAUUCACGAAUCGUGCGUCCCGGCUGUUAUAUACUUAUACAGUCCUACUAAUCGUGUUUCCCCUCCUUAUCACGCUUCUGGUAGAGCUCUACCUACUCAUGCCGUUGCAUACGUACAUGUAUCCGGCCGGAGCGAACGCUACGAGGCGAUUCGAGGGUUUGCGAGGGGGUCACACCAUCCGGGUUAUUCAAGCUUGGACUUUAGGUAUCCUAUACCUCAAACUAGGUUCCCGGGCUGUGACGCUGUACGGCGGCAGGCCGGCGCAUGCCGUACGCGCCGUUCUACGUCGCGGCUGGCUAGAGCCCGAUAUCGGUGUCUUGACACGAGCGUUUGUCAUUCCCGGCAUCGUAGCAUCGUUGGUGAUGAUCGCGAUGCCUCCGAUUAUGGCGUGGGUAACCCUUCACCACAUUUUAGAUGUCAAUCCCGAAGUAGCUCAGGAAAUGCGAGUCUUGAUAUUCCGCCUCGCCUAUCCAUCUACUGCACUCUUCUGGGCAAGUCUCAUUUUGAUGCGGCGCAUAUUACGCGUAUUCGAAGGUUGGCAGGUUCGGAUCCGGGACGAGGCGUACCUUAUGGGGGAACGGCUUCAUAAUUUCGGCGGCACUUCGUCUAAGGUAUCAAAUUGGAGAGCCAGCGCGAGGCUUUGAAUGCUGUUUAUACGGGCAUAUAAAUCGAAGUAGAAUUCUAAGACUAGAUGAACUUACGCGUAUGAGUUGAUGGAAACAUAUAUAUACACUGUCACAUUAAUUUUGCAU